AUGGACAGCAUCACCAGUAAAAGCAGCGCAGUGGCUCAUGAGGUAAUGACCCAGAUUAACAAGUUGUUUCUAUGAGAUUCCAACAUAAUGAAUGUCACUGAAGUAACUCUCUUUGUACUCAAGGGAUUCACAGACAGCCACGGAUUGCAGAUUGUCUUCCUCUUCCUGUUUCUCGCCAUCUACCUUUUCACUCUCCUGGGAAAUUUGGGACUGAUUGUGUUGGUCCUUGGGGAUUCUCGACUCCAUAACCCCAUGUACUAUUUCCUGGGAGUCCUGUCUUCAGUAGAUGCCUGCUACUCUUCUGUCAUCACCCCAAAUAUGCUAGUAGAUUUUAUGUCAAAGAAGAAAGUCAUUUCAGUCUCUGGGUGUGCAACACAGAUGUUUCUUGCGGUUAUGUUUGGGACCACAGAAUGUUUUCUGUUGGCUGCCAUGGCUUAUGAUCGCUAUGUAGCCAUCUACAACCCUCUCCUCUACACAGUGAGCAUGUCACCCAGAGUCUAUGUACCCCUCAUUAUCGCCUCUUAUAUUGGUGGAUUUGCUCAUGCCAUUGUACACACGGUGGCCACUUUCAGACUGUCCUUCUGUGGAUCCAAUGAAAUCAGACACAUCUUCUGUGAUAUCCCAGCUCUCUUGGCAAUUUCUUGUUCUGACACUCAUUUAAACCAGCUGCUCCUCUUCUACUGCGCGGGGUCUAUUGAGCUGGUCACCAUCCUGAUUGUCCUGGUCUCCUACGGCUUCAUUCUGGCUGCGAUCCUGAAGAUGCGUUCUGCUGAAGGGAAGCGAAAGGUCUUCUCUACCUGCGGCUCUCACCUGACGGCAGUGUCGAUUUUCCACGGCACGGUUCUUUUCAUGUAUGUGAGACCCAGCUCUAACUAUGCCCUGGAGCAUGACAUGGUCGUGUCAAUAUUUUAUGCUAUCAUGAUUCCUAUGUUGAAUCCCCUAAUAUACAGCUUGAGGAAUAAAGAUGUAAAGCAGGCGAUGCAGAAGUUAUUUAGAAAAUAUUUUCUUGCACUAAAAUAG